AUGGCCAGAGAUCGAAGGGAUGCAGUUAUCAGUAACACACGCAAUGGAGAAUUAAAGGCAACAAUCAUAGGGAUACUCACAGCCAUAUCUUCACAUGACACCCAGAACUUCCUGGAAAAGCCGAGCAUAGAAGCUUCUUUCCAAAAAGUGACGAUGGGUAGAUACAAAAAUAGUGCCCUUGAAAAUGUAUACUUAAUGACAGACUGGGACGGUGAUAGGGAGAAGGAAGGGCAUCAAGGAUACCAUGAAGGAUAUAGCCCAUCUGAGGCAACGGCAUCUAAUAAGACUCAAAAUGACCCGAAUAGUGAAGGAUAUAAAACAUCAUGGAAAACCUCCCUUUUUAAGUCAGCUGCUUCCACAAAGCAGUGUGUUUCUGUCAGCAAAAGCUCCAAUCAAGUAUUCCAACGUAGCUCUUUGUGGAAAGACAGUUUGGACAAUCUGGAAAGUUAUCUAGUCCGUCCUGAAAAUAACGAUUUGAACCAUUUUCAAAAUGGGAUUGGAUUGACCUUUCAAUCAGAUACUUCUAAAAUCAGAUUGAAUAAUGAAGAAGAAAGUGCUAAGCGGGAUCCAUACGAGAGGGGCUUCACUGAGGAGUCGACCCUCCAGAAUGACCAGAGCCCUUCCAAUGGAGACAGCAUUGCUCAGUGCCCUGAAUCUGAGAAAACACUUCACCAGGGUUGCAGUGUUCAGACACGUGUGAGGACUCAGUUUUCAGAGAACCAGUAUGAAUGUUAUAAAGGUGGUGAAGUCUUUCAUCAGAAGUCUAACUUUAUUACACAUGAGAGUAUCCUUUUUGUAGAAAAUCCUGAUGAAUCCAGUCAGUGUUAGAAUGGUCCUCAGCAGCCCUCCAAUAUUGGUGAUCAUCAGAGAAUUCAUGAGGCCAAAAACCCAUUCAGAUAUGCUAAACGUCCCACAUUUAAGAAGCCUUACAAAUGUCAAGAAUGUGGCAAGGCCUUUAACGAGCGCUCAUACCUUGAUCAACAUCACAGAAUUCAUACUGGAGAAAAGCCUUACAUAUGUCAAGAAUGUGACAAGGCCUUUUCACAGAAGUCAUUGCUUAGUAAACAUCACCGAAUUCAUACUGGAGAGAAACCUUACAAAUGCAAGGAAUGUGGCAAGGCCUUUACACAGCGCUCAGUCCUUACUCGACAUCACAGAGUUCAUACUGGAGAGAAACCUUACAAAUGUCAAGAAUGUGACAAGGCCUUUAAGUGUCACUCAACCCUUAGUAAUCAUCUCAGAUUUCAUACUGGAGAGGAACCUUACAAAUGUAAAGAAUGUGGCAGGGCCUUUAACCAGCGUUCAGACCUUACUCGACAUCACAGAGUUCAUACUGGAGAGAGACCUUACAAAUGUCAAGUAUGUGGCAAGGCCUUUAAGUGUCACUCAAACCUUAGUAAUCAUCUCAGAAUUCAUACUGGAGAGAGACCUUACAAAUGUCAAGAAUGUGGCAAGGCCUUUCACCAGAGCUCAUCGCUUACUGUACAUCACAGAAAUCAUACUGGAGUAAAACCUUACAAAUGUAAGGAAUGUGGCAAGGCCUUUUCAUUGCACUCAAACCUUCUUAAGCAUCACAGAACUCAUACUGGAGAGAAACCUUACAAAUGCGAAGAAUGUGGCAAGGCCUUUUACCGGCGCUCACAUCUUAGCAAACAUCAUAGAAGUCAUACUGGGAAGAAAGUUUAAAAAUGUAAAGACUAG